AUGUCUACUACCACAACCACAACCCAUCGUGCCCCAAGCACAGGCAUCGACCUCGCCAACCUCUCCCCCAGCAACGACCCAGAAUCCCGCUCCUUCUCCUCCUCCGAGAUCAACGACCCCUACAACCUUGGCACGCACAUCAAAUCCGACGCUGACAUAGUCCAACUCAAAUCUGCAUACAAUACAGACAAGCCGCAGAACAGCAGCAGUUCUACCCGGAGACGUCUCAUCCACCACAGCUUCACCCGCGGCGGCGCCAAAGACGCGAAGCUCCAAGACUUUUACCGCGCCCAGAAUGAAAAGAUCCGCUCUUAUCUUAAGAGCGUAGACGACCACGAGCGCGAGGCGAAGGAGACGCAGGGUGAUAAUAACCUCAAGUAUCAGAUCGCGGUGAAGGGUAGCUUGGCUGCUAAUGUCGUUCUCUCGGCGCUUCAGCUUUAUGCUGCAAUAACGUCUGGCUCGCUGUCGUUGUUCACCACCAUGGCUGACUCUGUCUUUGAUCCGCUGUCGGGGGUCUUGCUACUGCUUUCCCAUCGGGCGGUGAAGAAGGUUGAUACGCAAAAGUACCCUUCUGGCAAAUCACGCAUCUCUACCGCGGGGAACAUCGUCUUCUCGUUCAUUAUGUUCUCUGUCUCGUUGGUGCUGAUUGUCAUGUCCGCUCGAGACUUGGCUGCUGGAUCUGAGGAGGAGACGAACGAGUUCCACUUCACUUCCGUCAUCGCCGUCGCCAUUGCAUUUGGGACGAAGUUUUGUCUGUGGCUGUACUGCUGGUCCAUCAAGGAUAUUUACUCCCAGGUCGAGAUUCUGUGGCGCGACCACCGCAACGAUCUCUUCAUCAACGGAUUCGGUAUCUUUACUUUCUCGGCUGGCAGCAAGAUCAAGUGGUGGAUCGAUCCCAUGGGCGCCAUUCUGUUGUCGUUUUUGAUUGCGGGCUUGUGGUUGAGGACUGCGUAUGAGGAGUUUCAGUUGUUGAUUGGGGUGUCUGCUGAGCCUGAGUUCUUGCAGCUCAUCACUUACAUCGGUAAGCUGAUUUUAACUUCUAGUCAAUGCGAUUUGAGAAUCAGAACUGACAGAAUGUUAGCUAUGACUCAUUCGCCCGAAGUCAAGCAGAUUGACACCGUUCGCGCAUACCACAGCGGACCGCGUUACAUCGUUGAGAUUGACGUCGUCAUGGACCGCCAUGAGAGACUUGAGAUUGCACACGACGUGGCAGAGGCUCUUCAGAUCAAGAUUGAGAAGUUGCCUGGAGUAGAGAGAGCAUUCGUUCACGUUGACUACGAGACGGAUCAUAAGCCUGAACAUGACUUGAAGAAGGACCUCUAA